AUGGUGCGCUAUGAUUUGAAUGGGCUGAGGGAAGGAGAUGCUCUGUUGAGGUGGGAGAUUCACCUUUUUGGAGUUUUGCUGGCCAUUUUAGGAAACUUGGUAAUCAGCAUUUCCCUAAAUAUUCAGAAAUAUUCUCAUCUUCGAUUGGCACACCAAGAACACCCACAGCCGUGCUUCAAGAGCGUGCUGUGGUGGGGUGGGGUCGUACUGAUGGCUGUGGGAGAGACAGGAAACUUUGCAGCCUAUGGAUUUGCCCCCAUCACUCUGAUCGCUCCGUUAGGCUGUAUGUCUGUUACAGGUAGUGCCAUUAUUUCUGUUAUGUUCCUGAAAGAAAAUUUGAGAGCCUCAGAUUUGCUAGGUAUGGCACCGGCAUUUGCAGGGACGUGUUUAUUGGUGAACGUCUUUGCUCUAUGCAAUGUAACCCAGGACAUCCCGGCAGGAACUGCAUGGUAUUACACUGUCGUCUACUGCAUGCAGUUCAUUUGCUUUGUUAUUUUAGAAAUAUUAAUUUUCUGCAUCCUCCUGUAUUUCCAUAAAAGAAAAGGAAUGAAGCACAUUGUGAUUCUGCUAACCCUGGUGGCACUUCUAGCCUCAUUGACUGUGAUUUCAGUAAAAGCCGUCUCAGGCAUGAUCACUUUUUCUGUGACGGAUAAAACGCAACUAACUUAUCCCAUCUUCUAUAUCAUGUUUAUCAUCAUGAUCGCAUCUUGUGUUUUCCAAGUCAAGUUUGUAAACAAACUUUCAUUUGUUCAUAAGACCACUUCUAUUGUAAAUAUUCUUACCCUAAAAUUAAUUUUAUCUUCUGUUCCUAUUAUAGGUAUCAUAUUUUAUCAGGAAUUCCUUGGUGCAGCUUUUCUCACUGUAUUUAUAUAUCUUUUUGGGUGUUUUCUGUCAUUCCUUGGUGUAUUUUUGGUCACAAGAAAUCGAGAAAAGGAACAUCUGCCACAGUCUUACAUUGAUUUUGGAAAUGUUCCUGGGAAGCAAAUGUUGGACAAAAUACAACCAGAUUCAAAUGGCUUAUCCUAUGGAACUUUGCCUGAUGGAAGUGACUCAACAAAGAACCCAAGUGGAGAGAAGAAAGAGGUCUGAAGUGCUGAGAGGGACGGCGGCUGGCCUGUUACUCGAGACCACCUUUUAAAAAACUGCACGUGUUAAGUCUGUGUCAGCAGCUAUUUCGUGCUGACAUGUGCUAGCAUUGGUUUCAGUCCUUCACCCCCUCCCCCUGCCUGUGCACGGUCAGGGCCUUCCUAAGCUCUGACAGUCUAAUGUUUUCGUGGAAUGUAAUCUCAAGUGUUCCCCGCACCCGGGACCUCUCCCUGGUGAUCAUCUAACGGGCUAGAUCUUAAUUGUAGAGCCUGGCUGCCCAAGCAGGAGUGUCACACAAAAAUGUGCGUUCACGAUGCGGCUUCAGAACACAUGGGCUGCUUUUCCCACACAGCUUGUGACGUCAGAUGCUUCGCUUUAAAGAGACACAUUAGCCCUACGACCUCACUCCUAAGCCAGAGGUUCAAGAGCAUUCAUCCUUCCUAAGACAUCUUUUAUGAACCUCCCCAUAAAGCUUUCACCUUUCUGUUCCCAACUUACAAUGGUGAUUCGCCUUUUCUGAAAACUAGCCCCUAUCAUGAACGUCCUUUGAAAAUUAAGAGUGUCUUUAAAAUUAGAAUUUAUAACUGGCAUUCUGCUGGGGUAUGCCAAAACCAGAAGACUUGGCUAGUGGGCUUCUUUCAGCUUAAGAAAGGAAAAAUUUAACAACGGUAAAAAAAAAAAAAAGGUAAAUUUUUUGUCAUAAAAAUACAGAAUGGUGACGUUUUCUUCAGCUAUGUGAUCCUAUUAUACUUGAAACUCAAGAGAAAUCUCAUGUCCUGUGCCUUUAUUUUGUUUAGAUCAUAUAAUUUAUCAGGUGGGUUUUUAUGUUUUAACUUUGAACUUAAGUCUCAAAAAUCAUGUUGAAAUUCUUAGUGAUAGUUUCACUAACACACUGUUUCUUCCCUAAGUCAUUACGUCAAGCUUUGUAACAAAAUUCUUCUAAGUAAAAGUACAGUUACGCUUAGAGAGCUGGGCUUCAGCCAGUUAAAUCUGCAGACGCAGAACGUGGCCAGGUGGUCCAGCCCGAGUCCAGGGAGGGAGCCCAGGUCCUCCCGUACCCUGAAUAGCUCUGCGGCAGCAGUCACGUGUCUGCUAAGCUGCACUUGGAGGUAGAGUUCAUCAUCAUAUCUGCAUUAUGAAUAAUCCCCUAAUAGUUAGAAGAAAAGAGCUAGGCUUCAUUGUAACCAACAUCAAAUAAUCAGCCCCAUCCGCAAUGACAUUCCAGAGCCCUCAGGUCACCACUGACGUGCCAGUCCAGCGGUACUCCAGCUAGUGGCCUUGCAUUUGUUUGGUUGUUUAAUCCAGGGCUAUUCAAACUGUCAUCUUAACUGCUUCAGGUCUUUUAGCUUUGUUCUCUGUCAUGACCUACCCCCCUGACCAGACCCACCAAACCGGGGCACAAAGGUGAGACUUGAAUCCAUCACCAGUGUAUGAAUAGUAACCUAGACCCCAAGUCUGGCUUUUGAACUCCUGGUAACAAUCCCUGCCAUUGUGGAAAAGUGUCUCAUUAAUUCAAAUAAAACAGUCAUAAUUUACAG